UUAUUUAUACCAAUAAUGAAUUGUGUAUCGAAUAAACGUCAUCGCUUAUCGAACGUCACUUUUUCAGCUGGCUGGUUACCACCGAGUACGACAUAUUUACCCGGCUUGCAAUACCUUAUGGACCUUGAUUACCUUUUCGUGAACCAGAAAAUUGAGUUAUUUGAAGCUUUUACCGGGUGGGAGACUGAGAAUAGGUACGCUGUUUCGAACAUCCGCGGCGAACCAGUGUUUUACGUGGCCGAGGAAUCGGGCAUUUGUUCGCGAAUGUGCUUGGGCAAGUACCGCUCCUGCGAAUUCAGUGUCUACGAUCGAGAUCGCCGGGAGAUCCUGCGUAUGACUCGGCCCUUCAGAUGCGACAGUUGCUGUUGUCCCUGCUAUCUGCAGGUCUUAGAGGUUUAUUCCGGGGGUACUCUGUUGGGCAGCAUUACUCAAGAAUGGAGUCUCUGGCGACCGAUAUUCUACAUUCGCAACGCAUCCGGCCAGCCGGUGUUAACGAUAAAGGGACCGAUCUUCCGCUUCUGCGUUGAAGUAAAUUUUGAGAUCAAAUCCCUAGAUGAGAAGCAUCGCGUCGGCAGAAUCCAGAAGCAAUGGAGCGGUAUCGGUCGAGCUUUUACCGAUUCCGAUAAGUUUGGCAUUAACUUUCCACACGAUCUCGACGUAAAUAUAAAGGCCGUACUGUUGGGAGCCUGUCUUCUGAUAGACUUCAUGUAUUUCGAAAAUCCAAAAUGAUCAAUCUAUUUUAAUAUUUAAGAAAAGAAAAUAAAACACAAAAGGCGCUGUCUAUACUAUAUAAACUUAUAUGUACUCAUAAAAAAUACUUUGCACAUAAAGUAUAAAUAAACAAACAUCAAAUACACACGUACUUAGGAUAGAAUCUUACCGAAUGAGCUGUGAGAUUUAGCUGCAUACACAUAUUGCUAUUCUCAUUUUAAUCACUUUGUUUUUCAAUAAUCUUUGCUAUAUAUUUUUAUACACUAAGCUGAACUUACUCGCAAAAAAUGUGAUCGAACUUGCGUUCGUUGCUGAAAAUACAGAGUUCGAUGUAUAAUAGAGAAAUUCUCUAUUUUUUU